AGUCUUGCACAGGUGGAGCGGCUCCUCCCCUUCAGUCUUGCACAGGUGUACUGCUCCUCCCCUCCAGUCUUGCACAGGUGUACCAGCUCCUCCCCUUCAGUCUUGCACAGGUGUACUGGCCCCUCCCCUCCAGUCUUGCACAGGUGUACCAGCUCCUCCCCUCCAGUCUUGCACAGGUGUACGGCUCCUCCCCUCCAGUCUUGCACAGGUGUACCAGCUCCUCCCCUUCAGUCUUGCACAGGUGUACCGGCUCCUCCCCUUCAGCCUUGCACAGGUGUACCGGCUCCUCCCCUCCAGUCUUGCACAGGUGUACUGGCUCCUCCCCUUCUCAGUCUUGCACAGGUGUACUGGCUCCUCCCCUUCAGUCUUGCACAGGUGUACUGGCUCCUCCCCUUCAGUCUUGCACAGGUUUACCGGCUCCUCCCCUCCAGUCUUGCACAGGUGUAUCAGCUCCUCCCCUUCAGUCUUGCACAGGUGUACCGGCUCCUCCCCUUCAGUCUUGCACAGGUGUACUGGCUCCUCCCCUCCAGUCUUGCACAGGUGUACCAGCUCCUCCCCUUCAGUUUU